AUGAACAGAAGCAGACAGUACGGCAAAAGAUUAUAUGCAUUAAAAUUUAUAGAAAAUUUUUUCUUUUACACGAAUAAAUUUAAUUAUAAUUCAUCAAGUUACUAUGGGAGGAGUAAGGGGGAAUAUGUACUGCUGCAUAGUUAUGCCAAGUUAUGGGAGGAGAAAAAAAAACUACAAUGUAUAAUAUGUAGAAAUGCGAAUAUUUGCAACCAUCUAUUGUCACAAAGGAAUAAGACUACUCUGUUGAGAGGAUAUUCUGAAAAGAAGAAGAGAAGUAACAAUAGAUCCAAAGUGAAAAAAAGGAAAAAACAUAUUUUUAAUUUUGUGAAAAUUAAUAACCCAAUAAAUUUUAUAAAAAAGUUAAUAUUAUCCUUUUUACUUAUUUCUGGAAUAAAUAAUUAUAUUCUCGACAUGACACUUACUAGUGGAUCGAGUAUGUGUCCAUUAAUAAAUAAAAACGGAGUAAUUUUAUUUUAUGUAUGCGAUGAUACUAUUCGAUUUUUUCACCAAGUACGUAACAUUUUGCUAUAUAGUUUUAUAAACAUCUUAUUUCAUUUUAACGCUAUUACUGAGUCAAAUUUUAAUCAUAGUUCUAUUGAGUUUUUAAAUAACAGUAUUUUUAGAAUAACUGAAAAAUUAAAAAAAAAAAUGGCAGAAAAUAAACACUUUUACAGGAGGGGUGAUGUUAUAUUGUUAACAUCCCCUGUGAAUGAUAAAAAAAGAGUAUGUAAAAGAAUUAUUGCAAUAGAAAAUGAUAAAUUAUUUGUUGACAGUAUGAAGUCCUUUGUUUAUAUACCUAAGGAUAACAUAUGGGUAGAAGGAGACAAUAAAAUGGAUUCUUUUGAUAGUAGAAAUUAUGGAUUUGUUCAUAAAGAUUUAAUAGUUGGUAGGGUCUUUUUCUUGUUAGACCCAUUUAGUAACUUUCGUUUUAUUAACAACAAAACUAGUUGUCAAAAUGAUUCCAAGCGAAUUUUUUUAUCCUAG